CGUUAUGCACUGUUCAGCGAGUCCGAAUAACCAAUAAUGCUUAAUGAGGUAUCUGAGAUUAAGGUAAUUACGUUAACACUGUUGAAGGCAGUAGAGGUACUUGGUAAUAAUAAAGAAAAAGUUACGUCGAACACGGUAUACGAAAAUCAGAGUUCUAGCUCAUCGGACUGUGCAACAAAGUUAUAAAGUCGAUGCGAAUAGACUAUUGAAUACUGUGUAUCGAAUUGAUACAAUGAAAAAAAAAAAGAUUGUGGUUCAGAAAACUCAUGAAAAGAACUGGAAUUAAUAUGAAAUAAGUUUUUGAAAACUAUAAGUCUCAAAAUGUCAAAUAAAAAUUCAAACGUGUAGACUAUCACACCUCUGAUCCGACGUAUACUCUGAUUUAACCGUAUUCAAGAAACCUGUCCUAAAUCCAAUUCUUUUAUCCAUAACGUUCAAGGCUCUGAAGUGCGCGCGCGCGCUCAACUAUAAUGAAAGAUAUUAACUACAAUUUUAUAUCAAAUUACUGCUGAAACACAUUUCACAUUACUUGGGCGUGUUGGGAGGAUGAAGAAGCUUGAGUAUGGUCGUGGGUGAUUGGCUAUCUCGUUACCGGGAGAGUAUCUGAUUGGUUAAACAGCUGUCAAAGUGGGGUUGGUGGGGGGCGUGGCUUAUGUUCGAUAUGGCCGCCCAGGGUCUCUGGCCGAUGCUGUCUCCUCAGUGUGCUUCAGUCGAGGGAACUCGUUGGACGGGGUUGCUUCGCUGCUUUUAAUCCUGUCGAUGCGAUUCAAGCUCGAUGAUUAAUGCAACUCGCGUGGACCAUUAAGUCUGGUGGAAUUCGGUGAUUAAGAGAGACAUAAUACGAAACAGUGAUUGGAUGUUAUAUAUCACGUCGGGCAUGUGGCAACGAUCAUAAACGCCAGCCGUCGCGCAGUUAAUAAAUCGCGAGUGUGUAUACAUGACUCGAUUAAGAGAAUUACUAAGGGACAAGACUGGCAGUCUGUUAGACGUAAUUAAUCAAGACUGUGAUAAGUGCAAGACGUAUAAUACAAACUUAUAGCUGUGAACAAGAUUAACUCCGUGAGUCUGUCCCGUACGUAUAAAGUGCGUUCGAUGAAACUCUUGUUUUCGAAGUCCGCGAACCAAUUCCUGUCUCAGCCAUUCCUGGAAGACGCCUCGGGGACAAUUAAGACGUACCCGACGCGGAACACAAUCCUGUGCACGUUUCACGAGUUACGUUGAAAGAGAGAGACAAGAGAUAGAUUCAGAGGCGUUUGUAAAAGACAUUACCCAUAGUGCUCAGCGGUUACACGACGAGUGCGCUAGCCGCUUUGAGGCAUAACAAAAGUGAGAAGCGGGCACUUAUAUAAAAUUAAUAAUUAAAAAAAACGAAAGCGGAAAUGGUCGCCGGGCGUGCUGUGCACGGUAAUUAUGUUAAGUGGGCAAUUAGCAAUUAACCGAGGAGCCGAGCACGGCCCUCUAAUUGCAGAGGGAGUAGUGAGCCUGUCUAGGAGGAAGUGCAAGACGCUCGGCGAAAUCGUUUUGCGUAUUGGUCUCGUUACAGAGUAGCAAUAGCAAGUACAUCCAAUUAAUAAAUACUCAAGGACUAUAUUAAAUAAGAGAGAAAAGGAUAAAAAGUUUUUGUUUUUUCAACAACUAAAAAUCCACGCUUAAUCAUCGUCCAAGUAAUUCCUCCUGCCGCAAGCUGUGAAUCUUCAUGACACUACAGGUAUCCAUCGAGCCCUGGGGUGGCGACAGAGGCACCUUCAGGCGCCCGUAGCCCGGAACCACCAUCCGUGAUGACGGUCCAUCAUCAGAAUCAUCACAUAGCGACACGCAAUGGGAAUGGUCUUAACUUGAGCAAGAUGUCCGGGGCUGAGGGACGUCGUUUGGGAAACAUCGACAGGAACACUAUAUACGACAGACUGGCGGCUGGUAUUGACAUUAGAAACAAUAACAUGGAGCGCGUUGGCGACGCCUCGACGACUAUGCCACAAAGGUCUAGAUUCAUGAUAACGGAUAUACUCGCAGAAGCUGUCAGCUCACCCCCUAGCGUUUUAAGUCCGGAUCGGCCUGGUAGUUCACCAGCAGUUCCAAAGGAUCUCAGCGUGAGACACGAAUCCAGGUCAUCUCUUAAUAAUAGUAACUUGGAGGAAGACAGCGACGCCAGCCAUCAGGACGAAGCUUCUGUAUCUUCGAACGGGGGCAAGAAGAAUUCGCUGAAGAGAGCGUUGCCGUCGUCCGACGAUUCGCCGCCGAGUAAAAAACAACGAAAGGCUCGUACGGCGUUCACGGAUCAUCAAUUGCAGACGCUCGAAAAGAGCUUCGAGAGACAGAAAUAUCUGAGCGUUCAGGACAGAAUGGAAUUGGCAGCCAAAUUGCAGCUUACCGAUACGCAGGUCAAGACGUGGUACCAGAAUAGAAGGACAAAGUGGAAGAGACAGGCCCUGGUCGGUUUGGAGAUACUCGCUGAGGCUGGGAACUACGCGGCGUUUCACACACUGCAGGCCAGUAGCGCCGGUGUACCAGGACAUCCAGCAGCCGGAAACUACUGGCUGUAUCCUGGAAGACCGCCGCCGCCGCCCCUGAACGACCUGUACUACCGUCCAGCCGCAGCGGCGAUGACGCUUCAGAAGCCAUUGCCUUAUAGAUUUUAUCCGUCCAUGCUGAUGGCGGGUUCCAGCGCCCCCCUCGGCACCCUCGCAGCCAGCUCCAGUUUGUCAACCCUCAGCAGCUACUACAGGGACAGUCCUGAGACUGUGGAGCCACGCGAGAAGGAAAAUCUUGACAGGGCUAUUAUGGCCAGACCGCGAAGUAGAAGCUUGGAGAGGAGUCCACCGCCUCCCAGGGAAGACAGUCCGCCGAGUAUAAAAGAUCAGAGUGAUGACGAGAGUAUACACGAUGUCUAGGAUACGCACCUGAUGAAGAUCCUGAUCGACGGAUGGACCAAGUCCUGAGAACCUGGUCGCGGGCUGUUAUAUGAUACCCGGGUGACUGAUAUGGUCCUUUCAGGACGUUUUGAUGAUCCUGAAGCAUUCCCAGGAAUGAUCUUAGAAGAUGAGGGAUCCUUCGGAUGACUUUAAAUGGUCCUUUGGAUCCUUCGAAUCUUCGGGUCCCUUGAUCUUCAUUGUACAUAGACACACUGGAUGAUCGUUCGACUCCUGCUGAACGUACUGAAGUUCAUACGUGAAGAUCGAAUCUUCUGUUCAAUCAUAUGUGGAAAAAUAGAUUGAAAUCGCCAAUGGACUCCUGUACCGGGUCGGUCACGUCAGUCACAGUGAAAAAUGAAGAAAAUUCGUAUACUCGGUAGUAGCCAGUAAUCGCAGGAGAAAAGGAGAAAGAGAUUUCCCUAUCAAUUUCCAAGAUCAACCAGACGCGUUUGGUGGCGAGAAAGAAGAAAAAGACAAAGUUCACGUGGCUGAACGCGAAUCUACAAUUAAUAUGACAUUAGUGUCUCAGAGCCUCGGGGAAGAAAUCACGGAGUGAAAUGACACGAAAUUACAGUCGUCCAUGGCGUCCGUUUCGAGUUUGUAAAAACUGUUUAAGGCCCUUCGCGUAAGGCCCCUAUUCAAAUAACUACCGUGUUUGACAGCGCAUGGAAAUACCCCCCUUACUUUGAGAAGGGACUUCGUGAGUGUCUGUGUAUCUAAAACGUGACAGUGGAUUCCCAAAGCGGUGGGGGCCCAGUGAACCUUGUCAAUUGGGUCCCAUCAUGAGAUCUGUCGCUGAUCUCUUGACUCUCAUGAAAAUGGGCCUUAAGAAUCCUCCAAAAUUGCGUAGAGGGACUACUCGCUUGAUCUAUGAACUAUUCUAACUCUCGAUGCCCUAUUAUAUAUUUAAUGGACGUUAAAGACGCUGUAAAUACAUAAAGUUCAGUUCACAUCGCAGCCCCAAUAUUCUUCGGUUGUACAUAGAUAGGUAAUAUGUCGCGAGGAUGAAAGCCCAAUUGGGAAAUAUACAUACGUAAGUUUAAUGUGAUGAGAGAGGGUCGGCGUAAUCUUUUCGAUAGGACAUAAGUUUUCGAGCCAAUGAAGAAUAUUGAGAAAUAUUUUUCAGAUCCUGUAUACGUAGAAGCGGCGUGUUUUGGGAUUUACCUGAUCGAGCGACAAAAACUUACAUAUAUAUAUAUAUAUAAAUAAUUUAUUAAAUAUUUCAUACCUAAAAUUAUUCGUGAAAAAAAAAUUUUGUCAAUAUCCCCAAAAAUCCGUUCCGUUCAGACUAACUUCAAGAAGAUGGCUGCUCGAUCGGAUAAAUCUAUGUAAACGUGCUCGCGAUAAAAUACCAGUAUUAUGAAUGUAUAAAACUAGGUUCUACGAGGAAAAUUAAUAAAUAAAAUAAAAAUGACGUUCGAGAUGGUGAAGGUGAUAGACGAAAAGGCGAAUCCUAAUGAGUUGAGAGAUAAGAAAAAAAAAAGCAAAAAAAAACUAAGUGUCGACGCAUCGAAUGCGAUUGAGGGUUAUGUCGCUCGCGCGACUCUAGCCCCAAGUAAAUGGAGAAAAUAGGUAAACCCAUGCUUUGUAACAUAAUGUCUGUAUAGCAAAAAUUAUUAUAUGGAAAAUAUAUUAUACUAAAUUUA